UCUAUUUUUAAAAACUGUCAAGGGACCCAGGGGCAAGUGUACCUAUAUGAUUGAGUCUGAAGCAUUGGGUCAAAGUUCUAGAAUACCUUUCCACAGGAAAGCCAGCCAGUUUCUUCUAAGGGGCGUCUCUUUCACAACUGCCUGUUCGUUCAAGUGCCUGGGCUUUGGGGGCGCUUCUAAUUUGGAAACAUGGAACAAAGGAGCCAAGGGGAAUGGCCUGGGGAGUGCCACCUGCUUUCUGAAAUUUCCAGGGAGGGAGUUUGUUCCCCGUGGCUUGCUACUGCCUGGGGGAUGCUCCAGGCCUCCCUUCUGAGGGUCUUGGGCUGUGGCUUAGCACCCUGGCCGAUGCUCUGAGCACAGUGAGUCUUGCACACAUUUCUGCUGCUGGGGCCGGGUCAAUUUGCAUAAAAUGUUCUCCACAGAUCUAUGGUGUUUUCCCGAAAGUGGGAAAAGACACCACUCUCCCUGAGAGAUUCUAUUUUAUAACCUUCUGUACUUUAUAACCUUUUGGGAGCCGGUAAGAGACACGGCCACCCCCACGCAGCACGAAGGGCUGCUGAUGUCUUUGUGUAUUAACGCCACGAAUACCCCCUAGGAAGGCAGAGGUGUGGCCAGGAGCCGCAAGGUUUGUAGUGAAGCACACUGGGGUCACGUCACGUGCUGCCUCUUCCCGGCUCCGACUCUGGGCCAGGCUCCUUAAAAUCUCCAGUCUGUUUCCUUCCCUGUGGAUGCCCCCUGCUGCCCACCGCUGCUGUGAGGACUGCAUUCAGGUGUGACUUCGGAAGCCCUCAGCCUGGAGCCUGGCAGGCACAUUUGGAGCAGCGUUUGCUACUGUCAUCAAUUAUGUUCUCUCUGAUGACGGCAAAGGGCAUAGGAUCCGUUCUGUAGGAGCUUGAGGAAGUCUCUGGAACACCCAGAACCUCAUUUCCCGCAUCUGGAGGUGGACGCUGAAACGCUUUGCCUAUUUUGCAAGUGUGCUGCCAGUUGCCAGGAUCUUAGCAAGUAUUGGGUAUAGACUUCUGGAAAGUAGCCGCCCCUUCUUUGGAGCUUAUGAUGCAGGAGGCCCACUGCUAAGGUUGUGCAAUCACUCGGGAGGUGGCUACUGGCGACUUGGUUUGGGACGGCCUCCUUUUGGGAAGGGUCAUCUUCCUAAAGCCUGAAUUCCCCGCCAACUGACCCUCCUUCGGUCCCGCUGGGGUGGAGCCUAGAGAGGGUUCGGACUUGGCCGUCUCCGCAGCCAGUUCCUGGCCCUUAGACUGACACACCCUAUUUGCCGAGCAAAGGCAGGCUGCCACGUUCUUUCGGUCUCUAGAGAUCCAGAGGCCACGCACGGUAAAACCAAGGGGUGUUCACCGAAGUGUGGCCCUAGGGAGCACAUCGGACUCCCUCAGCGGCCGGGCUGGGCCCGAUCCUACCCGCAGUGGGUCCCAUUCCAGCGACCUGGCAUCUUAAAAUGCUCUCGGUAUGUCCUCAGAGAAGAGGAAUCACAUCCUGGAGGAGCCAUCAAGGCUGCCUUCUCAGAGGAGGCGGCCUCUGGGGGAACAGAAAAGAAGGCGGGUGUGUUGGAAUCGGCAGUGGGCUCUGAGAGGCCGGGGGCUUCUUCACCUCGGUAGCCCCAGCGCCCUGCAAACGCCCGUGGGAACGGGCGCUCAACACUGACUUGCUCCGUGAACAAAUGACAGCCCGGGCACCGAGCCAGGCUCUCUGCGCACGUCCCUCCACCCCGCCCGCGGAGACGCACGCGCAUGCGCACUCCCUGCCCUGCACAUCAGGCCUCCGCGGCGACGCCCCGCCCCCUUGCAGUCAGUACGCAGGCGCGGGGAGAGUGCGCGGGCGGAUGACGUCACUCCGCGCCGACUCCGCCUCUGGAGGCGUCGCUCACCGACCGCGUCGUCAUGGAGCUGAGGACCGAUGAGGAGCGCUGGCUUGGCCUGGCGCGAGCGUGCUGGAGCGGCCGCACCUCUGCGGGACUCCCUUCUGCUGCGUUAACCCCCCCCCACCCUCUGUUGCCAUAGGUGUUUCCAAACAGGACAUUCGCGAACAGAUCUGGGACUACAUGGAAUCCCGAAACUUAGCGGAUUUUCCCUGGCCUGUUCAUCACAGGAUUCCCAACUUCAAGGGUGCUUCCCGUGCUGCCGAGCACCUCCCACGCUUGCAGGCGUUCACAAUGGCCAGAACCAUUAAGGUCAAUCCUGACGCUCCCCAGACAAACGCUCGCUUCUUCGUCCUCGACAGCAAAAAAACAUUGUUGGUGCCAACACCACGGCUGAGAAUGGGGUUAUUUAAUAAGAUCACGCCGCCGCCCGGCGCAACGAAGGACGUCUUGAGAAAAUGCGCCACCUCUCAGGGCGUGCGCAACUACAGCACCCCCGUGGGCUUGGAUUCCAGGGUCCUUGUGGACUUGGUGGUGGUGGGGUCCGUUGCCGUUUCUGAAAAAGGUUGGAGAAUUGGGAAGGGAGAAGGUUAUGCUGAUCUGGAAUAUGCCAUGAUGGUGUCGAUGGGAGCGGUCGGCCCGGAGACACCAGUGGUCACCAUCGUCCACGACUGCCAGGUCAUCGACAUACCUGAAGCGCUGCUCGAGGACCACGACCUCACCGUGGACUACAUUCUCACUCCGACGAGAGUCAUUGCCACAGGGUGUGAGCGCCCAAAGCCAACGGGAAUCUUAUGGUCCAAGAUCAGCUGGGAGGUGAUGGGGAAAAUCCCAGUACUCCAAAGCCUUCGUCACCGAGAGAAGCAGGCUGGGAAAGACGUCACCCUCCGGGACGAGCCCCGGCGCCUCCUGGGAGCCAGCAGCCAGCAGCCAGCUCACCUGAGCGCCGUCCGGGGGCCCCGGGACCCACCCCUGCCAGAACCCUGCCCUGCGCAGGGGGAGGACGGGCCCACUGGCACCGUUUGCGUCGGGAACCUUCCCCGGGACGCCCGAGUGAGCGAGCUGAAGAGAGCCCUCCGAGAACUCGGAGCGGUCCCCCAGAGGCUCACUUGGCAGGGGCCCCGGGGCAGGGCCCUCCUGCAUUACCAGGCCCCGGCCUCCGCCCAGCAGGCCGUCUCCCGCUUGCAGGGCUUGCGCUUGGGGGCGGCCACCUUGACGGUGGCACUGGCCAGGCGGCAGAGGGCCAGCGACCUGCCGGGCGGCCGCGUGCAGGAGCCACAGCCUGACUGUCGCCCGGCCGUCGCCGACCUGUGAUGGGGCGCUGCUCCGGUCCCCGUGGAACUUGAGGGGCGUGGCAGCAGGACUCGGCAGAGCGUUGCUGUGUGAGCGGCUUUGGGCCCAGGCCUCUCCAGGAUGGCCCGGCCUUGUGUCACUGCCCAGGACCUCCUGACGAGUAGAGAGUCAGCCAGUAGCUCACGGCCGACAUGUCCCAGCCCUGCUGUGUCUGCGUCCCGUAACCUGCCUGGUGUUGCCACCACACUGGCUUCUCUGGUUAUUCAGAGGCCGCAGGGGACCGAGUCGGAGUAAACGGUGACAGCCAGGGGUUUGUGGUUGGGGGGAGGGGGAGUAAGGGGUGAGGCCCUGGCAGGGGUCAGGGGCAGGUACACGCCCUGCUGUCCUGGGAUCCUGGGUCUGGAACCACCGCAGGGGGAGAGCUGUGUUCAAGUCGCAGAAGCCAACAAGCGCGGUCUCCUGGGUGCGGCUGUUUGUCACAACUUGGCGCUGGCGUCCGUGACGGAGAGCCUGUGUGACUGGGGGGCGGUACGCACCUCACUGCUCUGCCCUCCUUGCCUCUCCGGCCUCGCCCCUCCGUCCGGGAGAACACCCUCCACUCCACAUGGUCUUGUAGGAGGUACCCGCCAUGGAGAAUGAGCUGUCCCAGCCUGUGUCACAGACAGUGACAGACGCUCAUGCCGAUUUGCCUAAUGCCCCACGUUUCUUGGUUUUUUCCCUCCACUUUUCCUAAAAAGCAAACUGGAUUUUGGCUGAACUAUGCUUUCUAAACAGAAGCACUUUUGCAGUGGAUCCUGGGCAAAAAGUCAAAGAAAGCAUUUACAUGGAGAUUUUUUUUUUUUUAAUGUAUACACGUGAGAAAUUUUAGUUUUUUCACCAGCAGGUAGUACUGGGCACGUUGCAAGCACAUUGUUACACCUCAGGAGGGCCUGGCUUGCGUGUGCUUUCAAGAAAACCUUGAGGCACUCGGUCUCCCUCGCCAAAGCACUUUCUCAUUGGCUUUACAACGAAAAUACCGUGGAGACGUCGGAAAAGCCUGCCCUGAGAUCGCUCAGUAAAUGUAGGCUCCUUUCCCAAGGCGUCAGGAAUCAAACGAAGGGCGGAAAGAUCUUCUGGGCUCUCUCUUCCCACCUGCACCGCCCACCCCACCCUUGUGGCUGCCUUUUGCUUCGUCACCCAGCGCCCGGCUCAGAUGUUAGAGGCUGAACCUGACCCGCUCACCCAGAGCAGCCGUCUGGUCGUCUGACUCGUCGCGGUUUUUUGUUUUGCUUUUCUGCCUUGUUUCUCCUGUCUUUUUUCCAUAAAUUUUCCCGGUAUUUGACAUA